AUAAAAGCCACGGGGAGAAGGGGAGCAAAGUUACCUGUCCCUCCGGGCGAUGGAGCGCUUUGUCUACCCGUCCUAUAGCAUCUACCAAAGUUAUGGGAACGCUUUCAGCCACAGCCACAACGUGGCCCCUAGGCCGCCAUCUAAGCAAAAGCAGCCUGGCUGGAAGCAGAGCAAAACCAGCAGGAGCAGCAUCCCGAGCCCUUACCGGGGCCCCCUAUCUGCCCCUUCGCCGGCCCCGCUCCCGCCACCGCCGUCCUCGCCUGAUUAUUUAGACAGCUACAAGCGGGCCCAGCUGAAGGCGCUGCUCUCUCAAGUCAGCCCCGGCCUCGCCCCGAGGCUCCGCAAAGCCAGCACCAAGGAGGUGGGCACCCAGGUCAACCCGCGGGUGGACGCUGCCGUGCAGUGCUCGCUCGGGUCCCGCCAGCUCCAGAGCCUCCUCGGGCGGGAGCCUCCGCCGCAGCAAGGCCGCCAACUCUCCCCUUGCCCCGAGGAGGAGGCGGCAGCGGCGGCUGCGACAGAGAAGCCACCCACGGGGCGAGAAGGAGGGCCGCCAUCCCAGCAACAAGCCCAAGAGCCCGAGGGGAAGGAACCCCUGGAGCCGGAAAAGGGCGCCCAGGAGCCGGCUGAGGCGAAGGGGAAGCUUCCAGGCAGCGGGGAAGGAGAAGAAUCCGCCCAGCAGCUGCGGGACGAGGAGGGCGACGCGGCCCAGAAAGGCGCCGCUAAUGCCGCCGCCUCCACCACCACUGAGGGCAAGAGAGCUGCUUUCCAGUUCCUAGAACAGAAGUAUGGCUAUUUCCAUUGCAACGACUGCAAGACCAGAUGGGAGAGUGCUUACGUAUGGUGCAUUUCUGGAACCAAUAAGGUUUACUUUAAACAGCUUUGUCGCAAAUGUCAGAAGAGCUUUAAUCCUUAUAAAGUGGAAGCAAUUCAAUGCCGUAGCAUUCUUCCAAGCAGAAUGGUGGCAAGGGUGUUUUUGUAGAGACAGCAUUCAAGUCAUGCCAUGUAAGAGAGCACUUCUUCCUUGGUAUUUAAGAGGACUGCAACAGGCAGGCACAAAGUUGAGAACAGGCUUGCCACAGAUGGCAGGACAGGAUACCACUAAGAACCAGUGAAAUUCAGCAAAAGGCAGAAAUAUUAUCCAUACAUAAGGAUUAUGGAAGUAGGCUAUAGGUUGCUAAGCAUAAAACUACCCUUGGUUUCAACAGUAUUGGAGCAGCAACAUAGUGCACCUAAUGGGGAAAUGUGUAAAACCCUGCUUUACUUUCUCAUGCACUCAGAACUAUAGCUGAAUCACUUUCCAGGAAGAGUUAAAACUAGGACAGUAUGGGCUCUUAUUUUCCAGAGCUGCUUGAGGAGCAAGAAUUACAUUUCCCCCCAAAGGGUACACUUCCAGCAUAUUUGCUUAGUCAUAAUGAUUAAGUGUACUACUUCUGUAAGUUUGCAUAAAAUAGUGUAUGAACUCAUUCUUGCAACCUCCAUUUUCCCUUUACAAUUUAAAUGUGAGUACCUUACUUCAAUUUUGUUUAAAGGGCUAAACCCCUUAAGAGUGGAGAAACAUACAGCAUUUUUCAUCCAGCUAGGACUAUGCAUUUGAAGCCAACUUCAGAAUAAACAGCCU